AUGGAACCAGGAAACCAUACUCAGGUUUCAGAAUUUAUUCUGCUUGGAUUCUCAGAAGAGGCAGAGCUGCAGCCUCUCAUCUUUGGGCUGUUUCUGUCCAUGUACUUGCUCACUUUUACUGGGAACUUGCUCAUCAUCCUGGCCACAAUCUCAGACUCCCACCUCCAUACCCCCAUGUACUUCUUCCUCUCCAACCUGUCCUUUGCAGACAUCUGUUUCACCUCCACCACCAUCCCAAAGAUGCUGUGGAACAUCCAGCUAAAGAGCAAAGCCAUCACCUAUGAAGGCUGCCUCUGCCAGAUGUACUUUUUCAUGCUCUUUGUACAUUUGGACAACUUUCUGCUGAGUGCAAUGGCCUAUGACCGGUUUGUGGCCAUCUGUCACCCCCUGCAUUACACAGGCAUCAUGAACCCCCAGCUCUGUGGCUUCCUGCUUCUGGUAUCCUGGUUACUGAGUGUUCUGGAUUCUUUGUUAAAUGGCUUACUGGUGUUGCGGCUGUCCCUGUGUGCUGGCCCGGAAAUCCCCCACUUUUUUUGUGAAAUCAAUCAGGUGCUUGAACAUGCCUGUUCUGACAACUUUCUUAAUCACAUAGUGCUGUAUUUUGCAUCUUGUCUUCUGGGUUUUAUCACACUUACCUUUAUUCUUUUCUCUUACUCUAAAAUUGUUUUCUCUAUUCUGAGAAUUUCAUCAGCUAGAGGCAAGUAUAAAGCAUUCUCCACCUGUGGCUCUCACCUCUUUAUUGUUUCCUUGUUCUAUGGAACAGGACUUGGGGUGUACAUGAGUUCUGCCAUGACCCCAGAUUCCAAGGUCAGUACAAUAGCUUCAGUUAUGUACACAGUGGUGACACCCAUGCUGAAUCCUUUUAUAUACAGUCUGAGGAAUAAGGACAUAAAAGUUGCUUUGUUAAGUCUUGUCACUACUAUAACUUUCAGAGAGUGA